UUAGUUUAGUGUUUUGUAAUAUACGGAAUUCUACGGAAAGGGAUUAAGGCCAAAUGUAAGCCAUGGAUUUACUCCAUUUACUACAUCCUGCCAUUAAUAAUUCAUUUUUUGUGUCCUUAAAAUGUUUAAUUUGCUUUAUGUAUGCAUAGAUAUUAAAGUGAGGUCUUGGUAGGCCAAUCAUUUAUUUGUCUCCUCUCUGAAAACGACCUAAACAGCUGCCUCCAGAAUGUCUUCAACAAGCCCAGCUAACAUUUUCUGUCACUGUAUUUAGAAAGUUGACUUUUAGCUGCAGCAUUUAGCCUCCACCCGACAUGGAGGAAAGCACGUGUAAACUGUUGGUGAAGCUCGCGCAGGAGGGACAGUUAAGCUCUCUGGAGGAACUGAUAUCGCAAGGUGGCUCGGUUGCAGCUCAGGCUGUCAGGAGCCAACGCUAUGGUCGCUCAGGGGACACCCUGCUACACUACGCUGCCAGAAAGGGACACCUGGACACCGUGGAGUAUCUAAUAAAGCGGGUAGGCAUGGAUGUGGAGGUUUACAAUAACGACUACAAGAGGCCACUGCACGAAGCGGCUUCUAUGAGCCAUCAGGCUUGUGUUAGCUACCUUCUCCGGGAAGGGGCCAAGGUGGACAGCUUGAAGAAAGCCGACUGGACUCCGCUGAUGAUGGCCUGCACCCGGAGAAACCUGGGCGUGAUUCAGGAGCUGCUGCAACAUGGCGCCGACCCCGCCCUGAAAAACAAGGACGGCUGGAACUCCUUCCACAUCGCCUGCAGGGAGGGCGAGCCGCUGGUCGUCCAGCACCUGCUUCUCGUCGCGCCGGAUGUCUGGAGGGCAGAGAGCAAGACGCGCAGGACUCCGCUACACACCGCAGCGAUGCACGGCCGUGAGGAGGUGGUUAGCAUCUUGCUGGAGAGAUGUGGCUACGGCCCAGACUGCACUGACAGCUGUGGAGUCACUCCUUUCAUGGAUGCCGUGAGGAACGGACACAUCUCUGUAGCCAGGCAGCUUCUAGAGAAACACCAAGCGUCUCCAACAGCGGCUGACCUACUCGGGGCUCAGGCGGUGCACCAGGUUGCCGUCACAGGCCAGGAGGAGGCGCUGCGGUUCCUGGUGCGAGACCUAAAUAUAGAUGUGAAUCAGAAGGCCACUGACAUCCAGCUCACUGCGCUGCAUUACGCUGCAAAGGAAGGCCACACAUGCACCAUAAAAACUCUGCGAGAGUUGGGGGCAGAUCUUCAUGUUCAAGACAAAAAGGGCAGAACUGCUCUUCACAUGGCCUGCAUCGGGCAGCACGCCCAUGCCGCCAGGACACUCCUGCAGCUUGGACUCAAAGACUCAGAGGACGCAUGUGGCACGACAGCAAUGGAGUAUGCCAGGAAACCAGACGUAGUGCGAGUGUUUGAACAUGGCCUAGCAGACCCACCGUAACGUGGCAUCAGGUGUGCAGGGUGCCGAUUUGUAAAGAAAAGAACCUGAAACCUCAAAUGUGAUUUAAAUCACAAAAUCAAUUUAGGGUGUAAUAAAUCUCACCUCAAAAUG